AAUUGGAAUGAAAAAAGAGAAAAAAAAGACCAAAAGGUCAAAGAAAAUUUGUUCGGCUCUGAACGAGGGUUAACUGAGACUGAGAGAAGGAGAAUCGAAGCAAUAGCUGAAUUCUCUGCUGCACCAGAUGCCUAUUCAUGGCGAUGGAGCAGGAUGAAAUGACGAAGAAGAAGCCUCUGGAUAUUGACUGGGACAAGCUGUUCGGCGGCAAGGAAACGGAGCCUCCACUGGAAAUAAUCGUUCAGCCCUCAAUUACGAUCUCGAAGCACUUUGAAAUGGACUCCGAUCGCCAACAUUUGUUAAGAGAUGAAUGCCAGAAGCUUAACGAUGCCGAAUUGGAUGAAAAGAUUCGCCGAAUGAAGCAAUUCUACGAGACCAAGGCUCGCUAUUUGCCAGAUAAGGGGCAUAAGUACCUUCGCAAUCUGGACCUAUCCAUGGAAGAGAGGGAAUCCAGAAAGCUCCGUCGAGUUGAAAAGGAAGCAGCUACAUGCGAAAAUUGCUCACAGCCAACUACCUCAAGUACAGUUGGUUCAUCUUAUGUAGCUAGUGAAAAGACUGCUUCAUCUUCAGCUGAUUCAUUGUCCACAUUCACUUCUUGUUUUUACCAGAAGUUGGAAGAAAAAACAGAAUGCAAUAGUAGUGCCUUCAGUCAAGAUCUAUCAAUUUUGGGACAUUGUGAUAAUCAGAGACAAAGAUGUAAUGGUAGAUUAUCUCCAAAAGUAAAACACAAGGGUCAAGCAUCAGCAAGACAGCAGCCAUUCAAAUGUUCCAUUAAUCUUUCUACUGAUGUAAAUAAAAAAGUUUCUUCAGUUACCGCUCAAAAUUGUAAAAUUCCCGAUGAUUUAGAUUCUCACGUUAGUGAAAGGCUGCCCGGCUGUUUUCGGAAGAAGGAUGCUUCUCAAGUUCAGCAUUCAGAUAAUUCAAUGCCCAGAAAGGGGCAGACCAUUGUAGUUGUAGACGAGGAGGAAGCUUUGGCAAUGAAAAUACCAGAGCACGAUGACAAAUGCAUGAAAGAGGCCAAGAUUUACUACCCAUCGCGGGAUGAUCCAGAAUCCGUUGAAAUUUGUUUUGAGGACAUAAAUUGUCUUGAUCCAGAGGGUUAUUUGACAUCCACGAUCAUGAACUUUUAUAUUCGAUAUUUACAGCAGCAAGCAUUUUCAACAAAGAAGGUGAUAUGCAAUUAUCACUUUUUCAAUACCUAUUUUUACGAAAAGCUAAAGGAGGCUGUAUCAAAUAAGGGGAAGGAUCGAGAGAAUUUUUUCGUCAAGUUCAGAAGGUGGUGGAAGGGCAUUAAUAUAUUUCAAAAGGCAUAUGUACUGAUUCCAAUCCAUGAGGAUCUCCACUGGAGUUUGGUGAUUAUAUGUUUUCCACGUAAGGAAGAUGAAUCCGGACCCAUUAUACUUCAUUUGGAUUCCCUGGGACUUCACUCUAGCCGAUCAGUUUUUGAUAACAUCAAAAGCUUUAUAAAAGAGGAAUGGUGCUACUUGGAUCGAGAAGUUGCUUGUUUAGAUCUUCCAAUGCCAUAUAGAAUAUGGAAAAAUAUCUCUCGGAGAAUUGAAGAGAAAAUAAUCCAGGUUCCCCAGCAAAAGAACGACUAUGACUGUGGUCUCUUUGUUCUAUACUUCAUCGAGCGCUUCAUUGAAGAGGCGCCUGAUAGGCUAAAAAGGAAGGACUUGGAUAUGUUUGGCAAGAGGUGGUUCAAACCCCAGGAAGCUUCCAGCUUGAGGACGAGGAUAAAAUGUCUGCUCAAAAUAGAGUUCCAAAUUUUGAAAAGGCAAUGCCUUGCAGGUUCUGUUGAUAGCUCCUCCUCAGAUCAUGCUCCAAAACAAUGAAUUAGCAGGUCGUUUUACGCAAAAUGGUGCACAUUGUUACAAUUAGUAGUUCACUUGGGAUUCACUCGGGCUGUGCUGUCGUCAAUCGCGCUUGGCUAGUGAAGCUAAAGCCAUCUUACCGCUCUCGUCCUAGCAGCCAACUGAUCUUAGGUAUGAUAUUCGAAAAAAUUCAAAAAUUUAAAUCCUCAAUAAGUGUUUGCAAUAGGUUGAAAUCAUGUCGUGGGUUGUUAGGGUCGCAUCACAACACUAAGAAAUCGAGUUAGACGAGCUAGGAAAGGCUAUCACUUGGCUGGAAUUCCCCGUGAACAUAUACCUUUGGCUUUAGACCAUUUUGUGGAGUGGACUUGGGGAGUAAAUUUGUUCAUAGGAUCGUUCUGUUUCUUUUGUGAGUGACGGCUCCUACCCUCCUCGCUUGAUGCAUACAAAAAUCAAACCUGUAAUCUAUGAUUCUUAACAAUAUUAUUCUGAAAAUACUUUAUUAACAUC